GGUAUCGAUGCUUUAAAAUCUGUCUUUGUGUUUCAAUCAGUUGAUAACUUUCGCGUUCGUGGUGAUUUCCAAUCAACUCGAAAUCCAUAAGAUGCGAACCGCAAUCAACGGAAUUAGACGUAUAACCUAAGCAGAAUUUUUAGAAGAGAAAAAUAUCGCUGAAAUUCAUUGAAACAUUUAAAAUGUGAAUCAAUCCGGUUGCAUCGUAGUACGUUGCUAGAUCUUGUACCAAAAUGCCCGAGCCAACGUCAGUAAAUAAAUAUCGUUUCAAAUCACUCAAAGAGAUUCAAGAUUGUGCUGAUAAUGAUACCAGUAUUAGAAACGUACAAGACAACUCGAUUGAUUUUUUUAAAUCGAUCAAAUUACUCGAAAAACUGUACGAUAAAGCCGUUGCUACCGUAGAAGAAGAUGAAGAAAAUGCUUUUCUAUUGUUCAGAAAAUUCUGGCAACUGUUCGCCAAUUGGAGAAUAAAAUUUCAGAAGGAUAAAACGUGGGAUGAAAAAUAUGUACAAAUUACGAUCGCCGCAAAAGUAAAAAAAGCGUUUCUCCAGUGCCAAGCAUUACUGGAAAACUUGGAAAAAAGGUAUGAAGAGCAGAGCGCCAUUAAUAACGUAGAAAAAAUACCAGAUAAAUCCACCGCUGCAGCAACUAUACCCAAAUUACCUCAGACUACUUCGAUAAAAAAUGGCCACUAUUCCGGUUCCACUAAUGGUGUUGAUAGUAAUCGCCAAGAAAGAAUCAGCAUUACGUGCGAUGAACUGUAUACAGCUGCGGGGAAGAAAGUACCAAGAGCAUUUCUAAUAAUCGAUGUCAGAUUGAAAGAAGAGUUCAUCAAGUCCAGAAUAGAUACGAAUAAAGUAUCCGUAGAUCUAAUAAGUGUACCAGAAGAGAUGAUACAACCGUCUUUGACUCCAGCCCAAAUAGAAACUAAACUAGAAGAACCAUUCGCAACUUUGUUCAAAAGCAGAGGCGAAUAUGGACAAGUUGUUAUUUUGGAUUGGUACUCAACCGAAAAAGAAUUUGCUUUGAAUGUGUCUAGUCCGAUUAAUUUAAUGAGUUCGAGAUUGAAAAAAUACGACUUGAAAGUUAAGUAUAAGAACAAGCCAGUGAUAUUAGAUGGAGGAUACCAUGAGUGGAAAGAACGAUAUCCUGCUUUCGUCAUUAAUUGCAACGUGACACCACCUCCAAGAAAGAAAAUUUACGAUAAUAGAAUACCAAUAGAUGACAUAAAUUAUCCUAUAAACGCGUUACUGGAGCCAGAAGAGGUGAAAAAGGAACCAACCACUCCCGCACCACCUCAAGAACCUCCCAAGAAGCCCGAUCCGAGCGAUUCAGACAAGUCGAAACCACCUACAUCAUCUCUGGAGAAUGGCAUUAAACCUAAAUUCGAUAGAUCUACCAAACCAACUCUGCAAGAAAAACAACCCGACACUUCGGUGGUGAAAGAAAACGGCGUCGUUCCUCAAGAAAAGAAACCCAUUCCAGAGCAAACCAUCGAACAAAAACCAAUCAUUAAAAACGAGAAUUCGGUGCCUGAAAAACGCGUCGAAAGCUUCGAAGAAGACGAAGAAGAGUUGAAAAAUAAAUGCGCCAGAAACGGUCGACGAUCGGCUCUGACAUCUCUUUCAAAUCAACCGAUUUCGAUGAACAAUAAUAACAAUAACAACAACAGGAACAGCAUCGAUUCAGACGAAGAUUUCGACGCAUCGUUUCGAGAUGAAGAAAAAGAAAACAGGAUGAAUGCGAUGAAAAACGCCAGGCUGAGUGUGUACGAUGAAACGAACUCGAAUCUAAAGAGGUAUUCGUCUACGCCGAAUAUAUCGAAGUUGGAAAAUGAAUACAGUAAACCGACGAUUGACCGGACAACGAAGCCGUCGAACGACGAUCAAAUUAAUAUCUACACCAUGGUAACUAAUAAAGAAUUGCAGGAUCGAAAAUCAAGAGGAUUGAGGAAUUUGGGAAACACGUGUUAUAUGAAUUCCAUUCUGCAGUGUUUGAGUCAUACGGACCAUUUACGUAUUAAUAUAUGCCUUUUAUCCGAAAAGUUCUCUAAUCCUAAGAGCAAAACUAGAGGAUGGUUUGCCAGAGAGGUGAGAAAUAUUAUAAAACAGCUUUGGCAGGAAGAACAUGGUUCGGUUUCGUGUCAAAUGUUGAAGAACAUGGUCGGAGAACACAGAGAAUCUUUUAGAGGCAACAAUCAACAAGAUUCGCACGAAUUUCUCACCAUUUUAAUCGAUUGGCUGCACGAAGACUUAAACGAGCCACAACCAGUCCAAUUUCUAAAAGGAGCCGACGAGAGAAGCGGAGAAAAAGCUUGGGGCGAGUUCUGUAGUAAAAAUAACUCGAAAAUUAGGCAAUAUUUUUACGGUCAGCAGAAAUCCACCGUGAGCUGCAACAUUUGCGAGAAAGAAUCAGUCACUUUCGAACCGUUUUCAAAUCUUUCGUUACCAAUACCGUCGUCGACUGAAAACUGUUCAUUAUACCAAUGUCUUAGAUUAUACACUAGCAACGAGCAUAUCACUGGGUGGCAAUGCCCGGCGUGUAAGUCUCCAAGAUCCGCCACCAAGAAGCUCGAUAUAACCAGGUUACCUCCUUACUUAGUAAUACAUUUUAAAAGGUUUACCAGCGACGGUCAUUGCGAAAAGCGUUCGACGAACGUUGAUUUUCCCGAUAAAUUAGACAUGUCUUCGUAUAUCAUUGGCAAGGAGCAUCGAAAUCGAAAAUUCGAGUUGUACGCUGUAUCCAAUCAUAUUGGUAGCAUGAAUCACGGACAUUAUACGGCGUAUUGUCGCAAUUCCGCCAAUAAAACAUGGUACAAAUGCGACGACGACUAUGUCAAUGAGAUGGAUAGCAACAGAGUAGUCUCACAAUCCGCGUACAUAGUAUUUUAUCAGUGUGUACUUGGUGAUAAUGAACCAAAAGGCGUUCGAAUCUAAUUACCUACCUUAAUAUUUAUAAUUUCGUGUAUUGUUUUUUAUAUUCUAUAAGUGCGUUUGAUUUUACAGGCAGCGUGUGUGAUCAAUUGGUCAAUAUCCUUCACCUCUGUCUUGUUUUUUUUUGUUUUUUUUUUUGUUUAAACCCCCUCAUCCUACUUCUACUCUAAAUCCACGUUUCAAAGUGGUAUUUUGUUUUUAUUGCUUUAGAAUCAUAUUUUUUUUUCUUUUCAUUUUUCUUGGAAGCUUGAUAUAAGACUGAUUGUUGUGAUGUGAGCUAAAUUUUAUUAAUUAUUUGAAUCCGAUGGACUUUGAAAAAAAAUGUGAGCAUUUUGCUGAUUUUUAUUAUUGUACGGGGGGUUUGUCAUUUUGUGCUAAUUAAUUCUACAUUUAUUAUAUGUGGGCUUAUUUCAUUUAUUUGAACAUUAUUAUCGAUUUGGAAUAUACAUAGUCUCAUUUUAUUUUUUUCAAAACAGAUUUUCUAUGGAUUUUAUUUUAUAUUUUAAUAAUGUUUGAAGAAUCGCGAAUAAUGUUGAUAACGAUAAAGAUUCGAGGUAAAAUUUAUUCGAGAUCUUUGUGUGUACUAAAUCGAACUGUUAUAAAAUUCGAGUUUUAAUUAAUUCUCAGCUUCACCUACACAUUCCAUCAUCCUAUUUUAUUUUACUGUGUAUAUUAAAAAUUGUAAAUAUACGAGUUGAAUUUUUUAAACCAUACGUAAGUAUUUUUAAAUAAUAAAGGGGGGAAUUUCUUUAAAAGCACACUUUUUUGUGAAGACUGCUUUUAUGUAAAUGUCAAUAGAUACAUACUUUCGUAUUAGUCUAAUUUUAGUAGUUAAUUGAUUCAGAAAAAUAAGGACAAGUGAGCCAAACGAAAUGAAGAUAUUGAAGAUGAAAAUGUGAGCAACAGUAUACUUAUACCUAUCCUCGUUAUACUUUAAUAUUAUUUAAUUUUUUUUUUGUUGUAAAUAUGUAGUUUAAGAUGUAAGAAGAAGAAUGAUAACCGUUUGAGAGAAAACCAGAGUAUGAGAUACGUUGGGUUAUAUUUUUUAUGUAUUACAAAUCGAUCGUUACCAUUAUUUAUUAGGGAGAAGCUCAAAGGAACUUGGAAACGCUUCAUAUGCCUUAUACAAUAUUAUGUUUUAUGUUUUAUCGCGUGUUCUCGAGUACUGAUCGUAGGUAUUCGAAGUAUAAUGUACGAUGUAUGUAGUUGUACGUAUGAUUUAAAAUACGUACGAUGUCUGUGUAAUGUAUUCUGCUGUACCAUAUACCUCCUUAUACGAGAUGUGAAAGUUUACUUUGUUACUAAUGUAAUUGUAUCAUGUGCAUUGUUCGAAUAAAACAAUGAUUCAGUC